UGAGAACGGAGCUCAACAAAGGCCUUUCCAUCAUUCAACAUACCAUGGCGUCGCACGACCAAGAAGAGGAACUCACCAUGUCCAUGAGCAGCGACGAGUUGCUCCAAGCUCAGCUCGAGCUCUACAACCACUGCUUCGCCUUCGUCAAGUCCAUGGCGCUCGCGGCUGCCACCGACCUGCGCAUCGCCGACGCCAUCCACCUCAGGGGCGGCGCUGCCACCUUGUCUGAUCUUGCGGCCGAGACAGGGACCCACCCGACGAAGCUCUCCCACCUCCGGCGGCUCAUGCGCGUGCUCACCACCUCUGGCGUCUUCUCCGCCGACGUCAAGGCUAGCGGCGGCGACGCCGUGUACAAGCUCACCCGGGUCUCUCGCCUCCUCGUGGGAGCUGGGGGCGAGGACUCGCGCCGCCGUGACCUGUCCCCGAUGGUGGGCGUGUUUGUCAACCCGGUCGCCGUCACCGCUCUCUUCAGCAUACGCGAGUGGUUCAUCGACGAGACGAGCGCCGCCUCGUCGCUCUUCGAGGUGGCGCACGGCUGUACUCGGUGGGAGAUGAUAGCAAAGGACGCAGGCGACGACCGCGUGUUCAACGCCGGCAUGGUAGCGGACAGCUGCCUCAGCAUGGAGAUCCUACUAAGAGAGUGCAGCGGCGUCUUUGGGUCCGUGGGCAGCUCACUGGUCGACGUCGGCGGCGCCCAUGGCACCGCUGCCGCGGCGGUCGCCAAGGCGUUCCCGCACGUCAAGUGCAGCGUACUGGACCUCCCUCUCGUCGUCGCCGGGGCUCCUGCCGUUGACAAUUUAACCUUCAUCGCCGGCGACAUGUUUGAGUACAUCCCGCCGGCGGACACGGUUCUACUCAAGUGGAUUUUGCAUGAUUGGCCGGACGAAGAUUGCAUCAAGAUACUCCGCCAGUGCAAGAAAGCCAUCCCAACAAGGGACGCCGGAGGGAAAGUGAUAAUCAUGGAUAUGGUGGUCGGAUCUGCGGUGCCGCAGCAGGGAACCGUGUCAAAGGAGGCGGAAGUUUUGUUCGAUGUCUUCAUGAUGUACAUCGACGGGAUCCAGCGAGAGGAGCAUGAGUGGAGCAAGGUUUUCUUUGAAGCUGGGUUCAGUGACUACAAGAUUACACCGGUGACGGGAAUUCGCUCAAUUAUUGAAGUCUACCCUUAAAUACAGCAUGAUUGGCCUUCAUUAUGGAGGAAUGGAUCGAUCGAGAGGAAUAAACCCUGAUCCAAGAAAGAGGCGAGGAUUAGCCACUCGUUGGGGCGCGGGGCUAGCUCCUCCUCGUCGGGCUCCGGCACCCGCCAACCGGUCUGUGGGAGCCAGUCGUCGCGAAUGUAUCCUUGCAGCACUUGCUCGUUCACUAAGAGCAUGGUUAAGAAUAUAGACCGCAGCUGGCUAUAACAAGUUGUCAUGUCAUUUGUAGUCAAUGUAAUAGCCAACACGUAUAAUAGUUGGCUUUAAAAAAGUACCAAUCCCUCUAUUUUUAUAUACAAGGCCACAAACUAAGAUUAUAGGUAUCAAUGUAAAAUUUAAUGCAUGUUUUCCAAGUUAGCUUUUCUUUUCGUUUACUGGGAUCAUUAAUAUGCCGCAUGCAUGCAAGGAAACUGAGUGAAGGUAGUAGCUGAUUGUCAUUAUGACUGCAUGCAUGCAAAUAUUAAAUAAGUUGCUAGUACAAGGAAAUACCAUUAAUUUUGCCUCGAUUACCGUUAGUGGUCUUGUACAGAUGCAAAAUGUAUAUUCCAUAGUGACCUUGUAUAAGUAAAUGAAGGGACUACUUUGUCAACAUAUGGCCCACCUACUCUCACAAAGCUUCUUGGAGUUUGUGCUACAGCCGGCUGUAAGUCUACAGCCCGCUUCUCUUCUCUCUCCUCUCCUCUCUCUUCCAACUCAACAACAAUAUAAUAUUUAAAUCCUCACAGUCUGCUUACGUCAUCUUAUUAUACUUGCUCUAAGAGGGAGAACCAAUCUCCUCGCUCCCUCUCAUCAUGUGCCAUGACGGCCGCCGCCGCAGCAACGGAAGCCUUGACAGCGGCUGAGGACCUCGUCGCCUUUGCCUUCUCCAACUUUCGCGCGCUCGACAUUGACAAGAGAUGGAAGCAGGGGAGGCAAAGAGUGGGAGUGGUUGCUCCGGCGGCGGCGUAGAGAAGAAGAUGGGA